ACGUCUAACGCAAAAGAAAAGCAUCACGACGUGGUUCCGUAUAGGCGUUUCCCGUUCCGUUCUGACGUCAACAAAUCGGUCCUUCCGCUGCCGGUAGGGUGAACGUUAGCUGCAAGAAGAAGAAGAAGAGAGGAAAAAGGAGAAGUGUCUAUACCGUCGAAACAAUUACAGAUAGCGCUUUUUAUGACACCGACUUGCACCCAAUACAAAUAAUUAAAGCAUCGUGUCCAAGAUCUGAGGAAGCCAAUCCACUCCAGCAGGUGACCGACGAUGGCUGUAAACGUGUAUUCAACUUCAGUGACCAGUGACAACUUAAGUCGUCAUGACAUGUUGGUCUGGAUCAAUGACUCUCUACAGAUGAACCUCACCAAAAUAGAAAUGCUGUGUACAGGUGCUGCCUACUGCCAGUUCAUGGACAUGCUCUUUCCCAACUCUGUGCCUCUGAAGAAAGUUAAAUUUGGUGCCAAGCUGGAGCAUGAAUACAUCCAUAACUUCAAGCUUCUGCAAGUUUCCUUCAAAAAGAUGGGAGUCGACAAAAUCAUUCCAGUAGACAAACUGGUGAAGGGGAAGUUCCAGGACAACUUUGAGUAUGUUCAGUGGUUUAAGAAGUUCUUUGAUGCCAACUAUGAUGGGAAGGAGUACGACCCGGUGGAGGCGAGGCAGGGCCAGGAUGCCAUGCCCAUACCCAACACUGCCACAUCAGCUCUUACCAAAACCCCAAAGAAGGCCCUCAGUCAAGCUCCUCAAAGGCCACCUGUUGCCAAGGUAGCGCCCAAGUUGGCUAACGUCAGUGCGAGGAAGCCCGGGAUGGGAGGAGGCGACGAGGAAAGGGUGGAGCUUAUCAAUGAGGUGGAGACCCUGAAAUCUACCAUUCAGGACAUGGAGAAGGAGAGAGACUUUUAUUUUGGUAAGCUGCGGAACAUUGAGCUGAUUUGCCAGGAGAAGGAAGGAGAGGGCGACCCCACAUUGCAGAGGAUCAUCGACAUCCUCUACGCCACAGACGAGGGUUUUGUGAUCCCAGAUGCUGAGGAACAGGAGGAGUUUUAAUAUUCAGACUGCAGGCACCUUUUCUCUUCGCUGCCCUGGUCACACACCCACCUCGAGAUCCUUUCUCAAGCCAAUACAGCCAGUUUGGUUUGAUAUCAUCACCAAACCUGAUCUCGACUUGUGCCCCCGCCAGCCCUGAUCCCAAAUCUCAACCUGCCGGACCUCUUCCUCUACCUAUUCUUCAGCUGCCGACAGCUUUGUCUUUUAACAAUAAUCAAGAAAGCCUUGGUGAAAGGCUCUUCUUCUUCCACACCUGUCAGCCUACAAGAGUCCCAGGCCCCCCACCCUUACCUGUAAUCCCAUCCUUCCCAAAACCAGAUUGUACGGUACAUAUCUGGUUUUUGUAAUGGACUUGAGUGUGAAAAACACGGUGAUGUUCUCUAUUUGUGUGUGUGUGUGUGUACGUGUGCGUGUGUACAUGUGUGUGUGGUUGAUUGUGUUUAAAAAUCAAUUUGAAACGAAGCGAACAUGAAGACCCUCCUCUGAAGACCCGGCUGUCCGUUCAUCAAUCCCUUUGUCCCAAACUAACCCAGAUGGUUUGUUGCAGCCAUUUUGUGCCUCUCCUGCUGAUACUGAUUUGGAUUUGUUUGUAGGACGAUGCGUGCACAGAGAAAUACACACACAUUCCCAACUAGAACACUUAGUUUUUAACCAAAUGUGAGAUGUAGGUAGUGUCUUUUGCUAGCUGGUCCCACAUGUAGUCAUGCUGAAGACGAGUUGUUUUGAGAUGCUAAAAGAUUCAACUUCCUCCAGUCAGCAGGCUCCCAGAACCGUUUCACGUUUGAUGUAGCCGAAAUGUUUCUAUGGACAGUGAAGGGCUCAGGGUUUAGUCUGGGACAAGGACACAGUCGGCUUUUUUCUCCGAGGAGACCAUCCUGAUGUUGAUGCUACUGCUUUAUCACAUGUCCCCCUCACUCCAUUUCAUUUGAUUCAUUUUGUGUUUUCUCUGUUGCAAGUUCUUUGGGCACCUGUCAGCGAUGCUCCCGACUUACCAUGGAAUCUUUUGUUUUUUUUUCUUUUUCUCACGCUCACUAAAACCAUCACUGUGGAAAGCUUUGACUUGAGAAAUGGAGGUUACUGAUGUAGAAAGGGUUGUUGUUGUUCUUGUAGCAGAUAAGUCCUUUCUGCUCCCACCCCCCCACAUGCUCCCACUCGUCCUUGGUCUUCACUCUUCAGGCUUCUUAAAUGAAGGGAAGUGGCUUUUUUUCUGAGUUGAUGUGAGUCGGCAGCCUUUUGAUCAACAUGCCGAUGUUUAGUAAAAAGAAACGGCUCAACUAUGGUUUGUCUUUUUGGAGUCUCUUAAAAGGCAGACACACAGUUUUAUACCAGUCACCCUUACUUAGGCUUCAGUCAAUAGAAAAUGGGUUACAUAAGAGUGACAUGACACUCUCAUGAACGCAUUAUAAACAAGUCCUCAACAUUUAUGACAUAAUGUUUCUUUAAGUGUCAUUCGGUUUUGUCAUGACAAGUUAUGGUUCAUGUGUUUAUGACCGUUUCAUGACACUCUUGUGUAGAUACCUUCAAGUGAAGUGAUACCCUAAACUACUCCGGGGGGUCUAGAGCAGAUCUGAUGUUGGCUGAUCAGCGAGUUCGCUACAUGAUCGUCUGAUCUUUGUGAAAGUGGCUAAUUUGAGAGACCCCCACUGUCCUUUGUAAAAUGUCAGUUUGACAUGUUUUACCUGAUUUGAAACAACACAUUAUUUUUGAUUCCACACAAUCUGUUUUUUGUUAGCAGCAACUUGUUUGAAGUAAAUAACUUUAUCGAUGGCCUUAUUCAUAACAAAUUCCUUUUCAUUAGAGACCAUUUUUCAUACUUUUUUUUUAUUUUACUUUAACGAUAGUCUUAUUGGCCAAGUGUUUGUAUUGUUAGUCCUAUUUUAAUGUGUUCUGAAAAUAAACAAGAUUGGAGGUAUUUUGGACA